GUUGUUUACACGUUUGAACUAACCAACCUCACACCUGUUGAUGUGACAGCUUUUGGUUUUCAAAAUCCCUACUACUCUGCGACAGACGCCCAUACUUAAAUGUAAAUCCAAAAUAACUAACAAACUGGCUAGAAUUUGUUCAGUCGAGUGGCUAGGCUACCAACCAGUGAACGUUAUUAAAUACCUGAAACCGUACUGGAACAGCAAGAAGCAAGCACAAGAAAAUCAACCAGUUUACGCAAGCUGGUGACAAAGAUAUUGGUUACGCAACGUAGAUGUGGCAUUAGUUGUUCCUUCCUGGAGGUAUUGGUGGUCCUUAAAAUUACCCCAAACUUUGGGGAGGGCCAUUUCACUUCAGGGAUUUCCCCGAAAUUUUCUGGAAUUUCCCCAAACUUGGGAGCUUUGGUUGCUACUAGACACGUAAGCGCGUUCACAACCAUUUGAACUUUCCGCUAUUAGCUCGGAGAGUAACAACACCGCGCUCAUUGAAGCCAUAUGGGGUUUUAGUUGGGCAGCGCUUAAGGGUUAUCGUGACACUUUUUGCGCUACUUUUUUACUUCUGCUUUGUGCAGUAUAUCUUGAUUUACCUUUGUAAAUUUCGACACUUCUAGAUUGACAUAUAGAGAUUUUUGCAUCGUUCUCCCUCAUAGAUUUCUUAAUUAUUUGAGUAAACUGUCGAAGCUAAACCGAAUCAAUCUAAACUCCUGUUCAUAUUACAGCUACUCGCCUAAAAUUUAAAUUGGUGCUGAAAAACAGGAGACUGCAUUGUUCAGCUUUAAUGCUAUUUGCUGAAGCCGUUGAUAAUAGCAAAAGUCUUGAUGUUACAUAUUGUCGCAUCAAAGAGACAGGAUCGUGUCACAUUAAUGUGUACUCGGAUACUAUUGAGAUUCAGAAUGCCAAUGAAACUCAUCAAGUGACAUUAAAUGGAUUGAAUAUAUCGUGCAUGACAUGCAAAAAUCUUUGUCAAGUUAAUGACAGAACUUUGUCGUGCAGAUUUAAUGCAUCGUAUAGCAGUCAGACCUGUGACAACAUAACUAAAUUAAGUAAAGUUAUGAGUAACCUUACUGCAGCUGAUUCGAUUCUUUGCAAAUUUUGCCAACAGAAGUUAGGAAAUAUAAAAGAUGUUACUUGUACUAAUAACUUCCAGAAAUUUAUCACUCUCGAGGAGGAAGGUUUAUGCAUUGAAGAUGGCUACUUCUGUCAUCCAACUUCUAAAAGCACUGAGGACUUGGCCUCUAACUCCGUUAAUACGCAGACUUUUCCAGUUAAUUUAUAUUUGGCUUCUCCAUCUAGCUGUUUGUUCACUGGUUUAGAACUAAUGACAGAUCGUUCGUUGAUUGAACCACAGUCCAUUCAAUCCAAAGGGAACGAUUUCUUUCAUUGCUCUAGUUGCUUAAUGGCUUUGGGGAAAAAAGUCUUGUCUGGCUCUCAAGAAUACUUUGUAUUUUGGGCUAAUUGUUUAAGUUUACUAAUUAGAGAAAAUGAUAUUGAUGGUGAUUUUAUUGGUUACAUUGAAAAGCCAUUAAUGGCUGAUGAAAUGGAAUUUUAUAGCCUUCUAGUUGAAAAUUUAAUAAAAAAUACUCAAUAUCGUGUUAUUUUAUCAGCUGUCACGUGGGAUGGACCUUUAGACUUUAUGUUACUUUGGUUACCUGACCAAAAAAUAAGAUUAUAUACAACUGCUUUACAAGAUUGUACGUCACCUACAAUUGAUGUAAAUGAGGGUUCAUUAGGAAAGAAUGAACAACACACUGUACAUUCUGUGAAAAUUGAACCGAUUGCUUGUCGUCGUGUAUUUUAUCAACAACUUUUACCGAAUAAUAAUUGUUCAUCGAAUACAGCACAGUUGGUUGAUUCAUGGAGGAAAGAUUUCGGAGUCACAUUAAUACAUAUCCCGUGGGAAACGUGCAUUGGAUUCUCAGCAUGCCUAAGCCAGUUUUCUUCAAGAAUAGCACCACACACACGGAAAUUAGAUGGACCGAUGAUGGGAUUCAUUUCGGGUGCCGUUCCACUGAUUCACUUACCUAACGAUUUGGCGUAAUGUUAUACUCGGAACAUGAUAAUUCUAUUUGAGUGAUAAACUGUCAACGUGAUUUUCUGCUGAUGAGAUAUGAGGAAGGAAACUUACAUGCUUUGUUAUUUCUUGUGUGAGAGAGAGAGAGAGACAAACGGAAUGUAUUUUGUACACUUUAGUUUCAAACGUAUUGUCAAUUACCCUUA